AUGCCGAGAAGCUGGAGAAGACCACAGCGAUGCCUAUACAUGGAAACGGCACCCGAGCUCUUGAUGCGUCUCUCCAAUGAUAUGCUGGAUACUUGUUGUUGCAAUGAAGAUCUCAUGAACCAACGCAGAAAGCAUGCCAACCGCCACAAAAAGUGGAAACCAUCACUUGGGGGUCGACUCAAGAAGAAAAAGCUGACUGUCGCCACUGAAACAGCGGCUUCGGUUCCCGACUUGGGUGUCCGGGACAUCGCUUUGCUGCAGGUUGUUUACAAAAUUGGACAAAACGAUGCCAUUGUAAGAGUCGCCGCGUAA